AUGUCCACUGUGGAGGACUUCAGCAGAGAACUUGAAAACAAGUUAACUGCUGUUAUGAGUGUUACUCCGGCGGUGAAAGAAAAAUUAAAAAGUCGCGGUAAGAUGCUCGCGCGUGAUCGUUUGUCGCAUCUGUGCGAUCCGGACCCAGGCUCUGUGCUAGAGCUCAGCUCAUUAGCUGCUGAUGGACUCUACGAUGGGCGGUUCCCUGGGGCGGGGCUGGUGACGGCGAUAGCAAAAGUAUGCGGCAUAUGGUGCGCUGUUAUUAUUAAUGAGGGCUCUACUAUGGGGGGAACAUGGACCGGUAUAUCGUGCGAAAAGUUACUCGAUCAAAUGCUGGUUGGCGGUUGCCAAGACGGUUUCAGAGAGUUCAUGCCCAGUGUCGGCACAUCUCUCCUCGUUGGUUUUGGGCAGUUGGUCGACGGUGGUGGUCACCUCGCCUUUAUGUUUGGCUGCAAGGACGAGUUUUCUGUUUUUGUUGUUGUUGCUGUUGUUAUUGUUGCUGUUGUGGUUGUUGUUGUUGUUAUUGUUGCUGUUGUGGUUGUUGUUGUUGUUGUUGUUGUUUUUGUUGUUGUUGUUGUUGUUGUUGUUUUUGUUUUUGUUGUUGUUGCUGCUGCUGCUGCUGCUGUUGUUGUUGUUGUUGUUGUUGUUGUUGUUGUUGCUGCUGUUGCUGUUGUUGUUGUCGUUGUUGUUGCUGCUGUUGCUGUUGUUGUUGCUGUUGUCGAGUGA